GCUCAGUUGGCUACGAGCUGCAGCCGCGAUUGGGCUAGCCGCGUGUUACGGAAAGCGAAAACAAAAUCGAAAUAAAAAACGAAAUUGAAAUCUUGGACUUGGAGUCGCGUUGCCUUUCUACCCUCGAACGUGUUAAGUUUUUUAAUUAGACGCAUUUGCGAGUGAAUUGUUCGCCGACACAAAAAAAAAAGUAAAAAUAAAAUAAAAGUCAUAUCAAAAUCAAAACAAAAACAAAUUGAAAUAAAAGAGAAAACAACAAAACAAAUAUCAAGAAUUUCGAGCAGCAAUCAAAAUUGCUCGAGUGCAGUGCGAAUUUGAAAUUGUGUCAAAGAAAAUCAGUUCAGAAAAGAAAAACAGAUCGAUUCUAAAGCAAACUUAGUUCUACAUGUUUCGUUUUGAUGAGCGCAAUUACUGAAUUCAUAUUUAUUUAUAAAUAAAAAGCUCAUCAGCCAAAACUGACAACGCGCCGCUGCCAAACAAAAUUCAGCUCUCAACUCAACUCAACUCAACUCAACUGUUUGUGUGUGUGUGUGUGUGUAUCUCAGGCAACGGAAACGCAAAUGCAAAUGCAAAUCCCGAAAGCCCAACGACGAAUGAAUUGACAAUGACAAAAAGUAUUAAACGUCUCCGACUUCGUCUCCGCGCUUCUAGUAGUUUUAGUGGUAUACUCCUUAGCCAUGUGAUAUUAGCUUGUAUUUCCGCAGCAUUCAGCACGCCGCCAUCAUGCGGCUUAUAUGGUGCGCCGCCUUGCCAGUAUCUGCCAGCGCCGCCGGGACAGACGCCCAACUGUGCCAGGCCCGGCAAAACCUACUGCGAGCAUGUCGCUAACUAUCCCACAUAUCUCAUCAAGAGUCUCGUACGUAAAUGGGGCUACGAGGCGGCCUCUUUGCUGGUCGACGAAACCUGGGAUGAAUUCUCAGCCGUUGCGUGGUCCGACACGCCCGUAUUCUAUGAUCCAAAGUCUAUAUUUCCGCAGCGUGACUUUGCCAAUGGGCAAGACUUCAAUGGUUACAGCUAUCAGACGCCGUUUGGCAACGUGCCACAGCGUGGGGCGGGCAACUCUCUCUUUGCCCCCAACCCCACAACGGAUGCGCCCACCUACCUGUUGUACACCUCGGCGGGAGCGGGCGCUGGCCAACGUGCGGGUAACCAACAGACCGGAGGACACUCUGCAGCGGGCAUGACGCAGCUGUUCCUCAAUAAUCUGGGCAGAACGCCCUACAAUGCGACGCUCUGGCUGAAGCGUCUGGUGCGCGAUCUGAGUAUCAAGCAGAAGGCCACACAGGCGGCAGCAGAGCAGGCAGAGCAACAGCAGCAAGGAGAAGAGCAGGCUGUGGUAACGGAGCAGGCUGCUGGCCAGGAGGAGAGUUUAAAGGGGAAGGAGCAUGAGCAGCAGAAGCGCAGCACGCGCGAUGUAUCGCUCAACAUGGAUCUCUUAGAUAUUGUGGGCGUCAGCGACAACAAUAAGAAAAAAUCUCGCACCAAGCGACAAAAUCCGUCGCGCUCAACGCUCUGCGAGACAACAUCGCAGUUUAUAACGCCACAAGCGGCUCUCAAUUCCCGCGGCAAUUGGAUGUUCGUGGUCAACGAGGAGAAUACCGCUCGUCAGAUGGUCAAGGCGGAGCUCUGUGCCUCAAACACAUGCUCAAACCUGUGCGAUCUGCCCAAUGGAUACAACUCCAGGUGCGAGCAGAAGUUCGUACAAAAACGUUUAAUUGCGCUGCAGGGCAACGGCCAAAAUCUCUACACGGACACGUUCUGGUUUCCCAGUUGCUGCGUCUGCACGAUAGCCGCAAAUUAAGCAGCGCCAGCGACAGAUGAGCAGCUGAGCAAUGGAUGCAUUAGGACCGGAUCCGGCCCAAUCGAAGUGAGAGAGAGAGAGAGAGAGAGAGAGAGAGAGAGAUGUGCGACAUUGACAGUGACAGAGCGCGACUCCCGAUCCACGACCGAGUAGCCAUGUCAUUUGGACACUGAGCCAGCUCUGGCUUUCAGCAUUGUAAUUAUUGAGUGUUGAAAAUGAUUUUUACAGCAAAUAAUUGAUAACUAAAUUUAAAGUGCACACAUAUACACGCACGC